GAACCUAUCAAAAGCGCUGCUAGUGCUGAUAGAAAAGGCAAAGUGCUUGCGGUUAUAUUGCAAUCAACAAAAAAAACAGAUGAUGAAAUAAAAUUAUGGCAUGAAUGUAACGAUGCUGGGAAUAUGUUACAUUUAAAUGUUCUCAUCAGGGAUAAAACAAAUGUCCAUAGAUAUUAUAAUAUACAAUUGGCCAAAAUUCCUGUACGAGUAUCGGAUGAAAACAUUGUAACUAAUUUUAUAGAAACUUUGUUGCUUUUAUGUAAUAUAUUAAUUACAAAUGUAUCCUUGCUAUGUCAUGGCUCAAUAUCUUUAUCCGAGAGAUUAAUGGAAGAAAGUACCACAGUUUCUACACCACGAGAUUAA